AUGAGAAACAAAAAGGGUGCGUGUAUCGCGACGGCAAAAGUGUGUACGGAGAGGAAGGAAAAGGGUCAAGGAGGCGGAGAAGAGAUCGUCUUCGAGAAGAAAGAGAAUCUGCGGUGGGACGAAGAGGAUAUCGCGUGGACCACGAGAGAACGAAGAAGAAGAAGAAGAAGAAGAGGGAAGAAGGGAGCCAAGGUAAAAGGGGAUGUGAGCGAGAGAGGAGGCGAGGGGACGAGGUCUGGGUUGGGUAAGGUGAGGGCUCCUACGGGCAGAUUAAUCGCCGGAAUUGUGACCGUUCCAAGGACUAACUCUCGCGGGUGGGUGUCGACCGGUAGGAAGGACAGGAUGACCCUGGCAGGUCUGCGAGGAAUACUCGCUCUUCUAGCUGUCCUCGCGGUCGUGAUCGAGACCUCGUGGACGGAGGCGAAGCCUCAGCAGAUCAAACCUGGAUGCAGGUACGAGGGACGCAGGUACCAGGAGGGCACGUCAGUGGUCACGUCCGAGCCCUGUCUGCAAUGCAGGUGCACCGAGGGUGCGCUCAGAUGUCGUCUUCGAGUUUGUCCACGGCUACCAAAUCCUCCGCCUCACGGCUGUCGCGUCCGCUCGCCAGGCGAGAACGUCUGCUGUGCGGAAUUAGUUUGCGGCGAGACACGUGAUUCCAUGAACGUGCUACGAAGGUCUAACAUCAACAUAGAGCAAGAAGAAAAGACCGAAGAACGACAAAAUUCUCGUUUUCAGGGUUGCCUGCACGAGGGCGUGAGAUACGGGCCCGGCUCGGCGAUGAUGGGCUCACGUAGAUGCGAGUACUGCUACUGCAUCUCUGGCGCGAGAAGAUGCAUCAGACCGAAGUGCUUGCUGCCCCUGCCAGGAUGCACUCCACUCUAUGCCCCACACUCUUGCUGCCCGGUUGCCUACAAUUGCACCCAUCUCCAUUUGUCGACCCCGGCACCGAUCAUGGGAAAUGGAUGUCGCGUGGGCUCGAGGGUGUACGAGGAGGGCGAGAUGGUCCGGGACAUCGAGUGGAAGGCCGCCUGUGACAAUUGUUUCUGCGCUAUGGGCGCUGUACGCUGCGUGCCACUCGCUUGUGCGCCGCCUCUUCAAGGCUGCAGCCCUAUUGUACGCGAAGGACACUGUUGCCCGUCCACCUACAACUGCAGCGGUAGCAUCGAGGUUAAGGCCACCCAGAACUACGCCUCGUACGCGUUCAUCAGCAAGGACUACGCCAAGUUCCGAAAGGAGACCAAUUUCUUUCCGGCAGUCGAUCAAACGACGAAUCCUCCGGUGGAGGGACGCGGUCAUCGAGUGGUUGAAGAACGAAUCGAUUCCAGCACCAGAGAGCUAGAAGAGGAGUCUUCGAUCGCGACAGAUUCCACGUCCUGGCCGUCCACAUUCGAGACCGAUAUCAUGGACAACGAGAUCCUCGAGACAGUGGACUACGUGAAAUCCAGCCCGGAAAUCGCCACCACCACGUCAGCUUCCGUCCAAGAGUCGACAACGAGCGUCGACUCGACGACAUUAGACUCGACAGUGUCCAGCAGGGACGACGAUCUGUCGAACGUAGAUUCGUCGACGAUUUUCUCGACGAGUAGCCUAGACGAGUCCACGAUCAGCAUGAUCGAGGAUCUGUCGUCGAUGGAGGACGCGACAACCACCACGACAACGACGUCUACGACGACGGAAUCGACAACUCUGUUACCAGAGACGACCGGAAACGAUACCGUGACAGAGUUGCAGCAGCAGGAUACAGAGGAGGAGAAGAAGCUCGACGUGACCGUGAGAAACAAGAAUACGACCUCGUCGACGAGCGGCGAGCAGGAUUUCGAGCACGUCAACUCGACGGUGGAAGCAACGGAGACCACGGAGUCGAUGGGCAAAGGGUCCGUCACCAGGACGUCAUCCACCGUGUUAAUGCCGGACGACAUCCUGGUGAUGAACGUGACUGUGAAAACGAACGUCUCGGUGGGUCAUAUACAGGGUGUCACUAUCAACCCGAUUAGGGCGAUUCCGCCGGACGUCGAGGCCAUCCUGAACAUCACUCAUCGCGAGAAGGGCGAGGAUUAUGAUUACGAUUACAGCGAACCUACUCUGCCGCCCUCGUUACCGAAUGUCAGGAUAAUUCCGUUCGUGGCGGCUGACGCGCUGGUGAAAGACAAGACGGUCCCGUCCCCGGUCACCGGAUAUCCUUCUGGCUCGGUGGUGGUUCCACCGGAGUUGCGGCCCACAGACACCUCCGGAUUUUACGAUAUCGCCACUCAGGAAAACAGAUUCAGCCCGCCAGUCGAGACCGAAGGUGGAUUCGUGCCCAGGGAACCGCCAUAUUUCGACGCCCCUUACCACUCCACAGAUCUGAAUCUCGAAAUUGGGACAGGCGUCACUGUGGUUCCGGCGCCGAUCACCAAUCCUCACCGCAAAAGCGACGCCAGCAACUGUCUCUUCGAGAACAUGGAGUACCAUCACGGUGAAAUUCUGCCGAGCAGCAGUAUCUGCGUGAUUUGCAUGUGUUACUACGGCGAGGUGGUUUGCUCUUCGGAAAAGUGUCCGCCAUUGAAGAUCGGCUGUCGGAGGAUCAACACCGAGGAGACAUGUUGCGGGAAAAUCGUCUGUGUGGAGGCGGAAGAAUCGCCAACGGUGGUCCUGGACCGAGCAGACGCCACAGCACCGUCCCUCCACCAACCAAUAGUCUCUCCAGACCCAUUCCGCGACGUGAUCAAGACGGAACCAGCUCCAGAUCUACCCUCCCUAAUCGAGGACAUGAUCCCAUACCUGGUAGAGCCGAACUUCGAUUUCAUAGACAAACUAACUCUCCUCCAUCCAUCCUUCAGACCGGAAGAAUCUCCAGACAGAGUAAUCCCUAAGAACAAGUACAACAUCAUCCAAGAUGGACACUUAAAAGAAAUACCAUCAAGCUACAACUCUAAAGAGCCUGACCAAGCAACAAACCACGUAUCAGAAGCAAUCCCUCAGAGAAUCAACUCUCUAAUCACAGAUCACACUACUGGAAAAGAAGAGGAACACUUAAUCAAACUCAACAACACCACAAACUCAUCUUCCAUCGAAUCAAACGACUCUCGAAUCAACGAUACAGCAAUUUCGUCAGGAUCCAAGAUUCCAGACACGUCGAUCGAGACAAACAAUUCCAAAAUUCAUUCUACCACCAGCAAUCCAGCUCCAGGACCUAGCACUGACCUGGAAGACCCUAUAUUCUCUUUAGACAGCGUUCUGGACCUACUGUUCUCUUCAGAUUCCACGAAAACCGACAGCAGUAGCAAGAGCACGAAGGCGCCAGAGGCUUCCACGACCUCUAGGUCGACUGUCGGCGAGUCUGAAGAGGAGAACGACGAUUCGAAGGGGAGCAAAGGCAAAGAAGUAGCUGCGACAGAAGCUGCAGCGCCGUCCAAGGUGUUGGAGAACGAGAUCCCCGUGUCUGUGGCCAGUUUACUGAAACUGGCCGGCUGCAACAUAUACGGAAGGAUGUAUCGCGUGGGCAGGAUCAUCACCGAGCUGUCUGGACCGUGUCUAGAGUGCAGGUGCACAGAGAUAGGGGUGCAGUGCAAGCAGCUCAAGUGUUGA